CGCAAAUUCCUGCGGGCUGUGUGCUGGGGAACCUUCCUUCGAUCUGCUUGGUUCCUCCUGCAAUAUAAGACGAUGUGGAUAUCCCGCCAACCAGCGCACCCUUACCAAGCAAUCUUCCAAUACUACCAGCCUUGACCGACCAGCAGAUUUACCUUGCCCCGCUGUUUACGGGGCGUUGUUGGUUUUCUUUUUCUUCACCUACUUAUUUCAGUUUCCAAAGUGAACACGAGUCUCGCUCAAUCCUGCACUUUCUCUCAAACUUCUACAUCCUCAUCUUCACCCAUCUGUGCCUCAUUCAAGCAUACCUGUAUCGAUCAUUCACUUUCAGACCAAUCUUGAUACUACAUCACCUCAGCAAAAAUGGCUAAACUCUUCGUUGGAGGCCUCUCGUGGAACACGGACGAUAACAUGCUCCGUGCCAAGUUCGAGGAGUUCGGUGCUGUUGAGGAAGCUGUUGUCGUGAAGGACCGUGACACCGGUCGCAGCCGUGGCUUCGGCUUCGUCCGCUACGGCAACGAUGCUGAUGCCGAGAACGCCAUUGCCAACAUGGACGGUCAGGAAUUUGACGGUCGCAGAGUUCGUGUUGACAAGGCCUCUGACCGUGCCGCCGGCGGCGGUGGCGGCGGCUUCCGUCAGGGCGGCGGCGGUGGCGGCUAUGGUGGUCGCGGCGGUUACCAGGGCGGCGGUGGCUACCAGGGUGGUGGUGGCUACCAAGGCGGCGGCGGCUACCAGGGCGGCGGCUACCAGGGCGGCGGUGGUGGUUACGGCGGCCAGCAGUACGGCGGCCAGGGCGGCUACCAGCAGUCCUCCUACGGUCAGCGUAGCUACGGCCAGAACCCCCAGCAGGGCUACAACGGUGGUCAGCAGCAGGCUCCCUAUGGCGGCUACCCUGCCGACCCCUCCCAGCAGGGCCAGCAGUACCCUCCCCAGGGUCAGUACUAAGCGGCGAUUCGCGCCAAACCUCGUGCUAGCUUGAUGGGAGAGUGCGGCGACCUGAAUUAACAGGCGGCACAUGACGCAACGUUGCGGAUACUUGACCAAAGGUCAGCGAUCAGAGCUUGUGUUACAUUGAAGAACACCUCGUGCGUCACUCCCGACGAACAGAAACCGAUACCCUACAGCAUGUCUUUUUCCAGGAUCAGAGAGCUGCUGAGCGACUUCUCGAACCGCCGAUACCGUCCGAUUUUACUUUCCUUUGGCAUUGAUUAAUACCCCUUCUUCGUUCCCGACAAACGUGGGAGCUUGUAAUCCUGAUUCCCAUAGACGGCGAGGACGAAGCGCAAGAGCAAGUGGACGAGAUGGAGAUGGAGGCUGAAUCACCGGGUGGAUAGGAAAUUGUGUGUGGCUGGUAACGACGAUAUGAUUGAAUGAUCUCGUAAGGCAUGGGCAUGAGCGAGGUAUCGAAAGACAGCAAUUUGCGGGCUAAUAGAGCCAAACUUGCCAACGGGGAUAUGCGCUGGAGAAAAAGCUAGAGUGGUUGGUGGAGGAGGAAGCAUCCUCCCAUGUUGUCCUUUGAAAAUAGGAGGUUUGCGGACUUCCCCAUGGGGUCUUCUUCGGACUUCUUUCCGUCUAUGAUGUUUUCUCGGUUUCCUCCUGCUCAUCUACGCUGCCAGCUCUUCUGAACUGGUGGUGGUGCUCGUCGUGUGUCUCUCCUGUUGUUCCGUUUACCUCGAUCACCUCGGUCGCGGCAUCAGUCUCCUCGGUCGGGUCGGCCUUCCCUUCACUCUUAUACCGCGCGGCCACCGCCCUCACCCGG